CCCGGCCCCACCUCCGCGGGGCAGCCGCCUCCCGCGGCGCCCGGCCGGGAGGGGGAGGGCGCCGCCUCCCCGGGCAGCGGGGCCGGCCGGCGGAGCGCCUCGGGGGGCCCAGGGCUCCGCGGGGCGGCUCCGGAGCGCGGCGACGCCCCGGCGGAGCGAGCUGGUCCUCCGCGGACGGCACCAGGUGUCCAAAUGCAGACAUACCUGCUGAGUAUUUGUUGAUCUAUUACCAACGCAUGUGAGGACUGCAAUCCAGCUACCCGAGAACCAGCCCGGAACAGCAGUGAAAGAAGUUUAUUUUAUCACUAAUUUGAUGAUGACAUAUGUGCCUGAAAUACACCCAAGGUUAUACAAAUAAUUUCUGCAAGACUCUGAAUAUCCUUAUAAAAAGCCUGUGGUACCUUCGAUUGUGGAAGAAAAAGCGAGCUUCCAGACACAAAAGGAGUAAGAUUUCUUCUUUCCCCUAGUGAAUUGCCUUCUGUUUAGAGGGGAAUAGUAGCAAGAUCCUGGACUAUUGUCAGAAGAAAUCUGGGACAUCUAUAGAAAAGAAUCCUGCAGGUGCACUGCCUAAGAGUUUUGUUUCUGUACAGUAAUAUUCAGCAUGCUGUUACUCUGUCACAUGCUGGUCGGAGCCUUUCUUCAGUUCUUUAUCCUUUCUGGAAAUUGGGUUUCAUCUGAGAACAUCAAUUUUUAUAACGUGAGACCUCCACUAGACCCCACUCCAUUUCCAAACAGUUUUAAGUGCUUUACCUGUGAUAAUGCAGUGGACAAUUACAACUGUAACAGAUGGGCUGAAGAUAGAUGGUGUCCUGAAAGUACUCAGUACUGUUUGACCAUUCAUCUCUUCACAGAACAUGGGAAGAGUAUAUCAGUCACCAAAAAAUGUGCUACUGGAGAUGAAUGCCAUUUUGUAGGCUGUCACCAUCGCAGGGAAAGUAGUCACAAAGAAUGCGUUUCUUGCUGUGAAGGUAUGAUUUGCAAUGUGGGAAUACCAACCAAUCACACAAAUGCAGUGUUUGCUGUAUUGCAUGCACGGAGAACGUCAGAUGGCUGCAGGUGGACAGUCAACACUGCAUUGCUUGCAUCAGUCAUGAUGGUUAUGUUGUCCUGAUGCAGCAACCUCCCAUUACAUCUGCUUGAGAGGGUUUGCCCUUCUGUGGGCCUGUAAAAAGCUGCAAGAAGAUUGCUUCAGGAUGUGCAAGGUGAAAUCACAGCUACUUCUCAAAUUACAUAAGAAUUUAAGAAAACAGUGGGAAGACGUGUACAUCAUGAAGUCCCUGGAUACAUUAGUGAAAAUACUUCAAAUGGCCUGCAGUAUUUAAAAGAAACCACUAGUGACUAGGCAGCACAGUGAACUUUAAGUUAUUAUAGUCCACUAUUUUAUGGUGGAAAUUCACAUAUGCGUGGCAUGUUUCUUGAACAGAGAAAAGAAGUGUCUGCAGACAAUUACUUUGCCACAUGAGAUGAAAGGGGACUUUUGAUGGACCAUAUGCCAACAGGUGUCUUAAUGGAAACUGGUUUUAAACUAUUUUUCACUGUGCAUAAAUAACAUGGAGUGUCUUGUCUUGAUCAACAGGUAUAUUUAAGCUUAUCCUUAGUUAUGGUUUUCAUAGAGUACAUAUAUGAGAGAUGUUUUUUCUGUUUUGAUCAGAGCUGUCACAUCUAUUGGAAAUAAUAGAAAAUAAUUUUAAAACUGUAUCUUUCUUUUCUGUAAAACAUUGUCUCACCCUCAGAUUAUAAAAUAAUGUGAAAUUAUCCAAAAUUUCUGUCUAAAGAUCGUUACCUAUUUGGGUUCGUAGAUCAGAAUUCUUUUUUCCCUCUCCCUCAAGAGGAUAGUUUGCUUGUAAUAGAGUCCCACCUCAGCUGCUCAGCUUCUGAAUCUUUGUCCUUGUGAUAUUAUUUAAGGUGUUGAUAAUAACAUGACUUUUAAAUUGCAGCUACGGUCAAGCAACUACUGUAUCAUAAAAACUGUAAAUGGGCACUUGGUGUAAAUAAGGAGAGGUCUACUCUUGGUUAGCAGAAGACUACCAGAAAUGUUAGUGUCCUUGAGGGAUCUUUAAAUUGUAAGCACUUAGCGCUUUUCAAUAUCCCAGAACGCUGGGUAUCACUUUUAUCUAGUUUAAACACCCACAUCUGAAAAGUUUGGGCCAAGAUUCUGCUUUUCGUAACAAUAGUGGGGGUUUAAUGUGUAUUUGCCUACCUUAACUCUGUCUUUUCAUCAUUUAAAUGACUGUGUGUCAACUAGAUGAACAGCUGCAAAUUUGACAAAUAGAGUUUAGUUACUGUUAGAUGUACUAAAAACUCUCUUUUCUUUCCUUUGUCAAUGCUGUGCUGCAGACCAGCACACCUAAGCUGCUUGUCUGAACUCUCGCUUCACCCGUUGUAGCUCAGUACAGUACAUUUCAGGACUCCUGUUGCAUCGACCUAAAUACAGUCUGUAAUAGGUCACAUUUACACUGUGUAUGUUGGCUACUUUGUUAAUAGUUUAGCUUAUGUUGUUUGGAGUGCAGACCCCCUAAUUGUGGAGGCCAGCAGGCACUGAUGUUAUUUGAUGUUUCUCAGGAUGGUUUUAAUGAGACUUUAAGUCCUAACAGAUUUCAGAUGGUCCUAUUUGCCUGGCUGCGUUUUCUUCCAUCUCCCCACCUUUUUCACAGACUUGCUCUGACAACCCUUAUAUAUUGCAGCAUAGCUAAAGAUCUGACCUAGCAAGGUUGAAGAACUGCAUUUCAUUUUGUUUCUUUUUUUUGAACAAAAUGAUGUCUUUUCCUCUUCUUAAAGGAAUUGGUUAAAAAUUAUCAUAAAUUGUCAAAAUAUUUUUCAGAGGAGGGAUCGUUAAAACUUACUUUUAAAAAGAGAUUCAAAACUGAUCUCUGAAAAAUACAGAUAACCCUAGAAAUUGUGGGGGGAAAAAACUGCUACAUAAAUAUUGGCUUAAAUAUUAGCUAUUUUAAAUCACCAAAUAUAUUUAAACUAGUGGCUGAAAAUACUGAUUUUGAAAUGUUUAUAGUUUGAUCACAUUCUAAAAUGGCAACAUACUAUUUUUAGAAUAUGUAAAUAUGUCUAAGAGUCAGCCCGCGAUUUGAUGACAGGCAAUUGCACAGUUGUAAAAGUUGGAUGGAAACACUUUUUUCUUGCAGAUGCAAGACAGUUCUUGCUGCCUAAAUGAAGACUUUUCAGGCUCUGGGUUCUGAUGGCUGCUGCUGCGCAGUCCAGCAGGCCAAGUGCCUGAAGAUGUUCUGAAGAAAUUUUUUCCUUUAUUCAAAGAUCAUCCCUAGGUAACGUCUGUAGCAUUAAUCUUGGUGUCAUACAUAAUAACAAACAUAAUUAAGAUUGUUCAAUAUUUUUCAUCACUAAAUGUCAUCUUUUUGUUAUAUGGUCUGUAGGGUUGUUGGAUGUUUUUUCUUGUGGAAUAACCAUGCCAGGUUUGCCCUCUGCUCAGAGGGGAAUUCCGUAGUAAAGUGAAAUCAAGUUGUCUUCCACAUUUUGGACCACGAUAUUUUUCCUAUUUUUGCCUCCAGCACUAGGUAAUUGUUUCUGGGAAUAAUUAUUGCAGUCUUAACAAGGCCUUAAGAUUGCUUAUGGUCUUAAAUGAGUUUACUGUAAAUACUUUAUAAUAAUCUAAGUGCUGAUGCUUGUUUACAGUACAAAUGCCAUUCCAAGGCAUUGAGGAGUGCCAGGGAGACCCGGGAGUGCUGCUCAGGAGAUGGGCUGAGAUUCUCUGCGACCUCCAGAAGAGCUGGGCUCUGGGGGGGUGUUCUUGGCUGGGCUGAAACAAUUUUUUUCCGUUUGACACACUGAAAAGUUAAGAAACCUGCUCAUAAUUUAAAUUUGGUGAAAUUUCUAAGAAUCAUUUUAGGUUAAAAAAAAAAAAUGAAGCAUUCUACUGAAGUGCCAGAAUAGUUUGUUUGAUUUUAAUUUUCUCCUUUUUAAAAUAAACACUAAAGAAAGCAAGAUGGGCUUAAGAAAGCAUUGGGUGUUGACAAAGGUUUAUUUUUUAACAGAAUAAAAAAAAAUACAGUAGUGCAGGAUGUUAAGGAUCAAUUCUGGUCAGCCUUGAUAGAUCAGUAUCUUUGUUGGUACAGAAUUUAAGACUAUUGUUUCUUAAAAAAAAAAAAAUACAAAAAGCUGUUGAUGCAUUGUAAAUACUGCACAAGUAGGCACUUGGAUGAGGAAACAGAGAAUUUAAGAGUGACUGUGCCCUUUGCUGCUUUUUAUGUAUGUAAAACCUUUAUGUUUCUGAUCACAUUUUACUUUAGGCCAAUGUUAAAUGGUAACUUUGUAGGAAAAGUAAUACGUGCUGAUAUUAGAGAAAAUAGUGCUAAAAGUCAGCACAGUGCAUAUUUUUGGAUUUAUAAAUGAUUGUCUGCAUAGGCAAUCAUAAUGUUAAUGUUAACUUAUGCUAGAAAUUUGUAUUUUAUUAAGUAGAUUCAAGUAUGGACUAUAUUUUCUCUUUAGAUAGCUGUCUGAAAUGCUCAUUGGGGAACUUGUAAGAGAAUAAUUUGACUUGAGAGAAUAAUCUUCAGGAGCUCCAUAAUGUAUGUAUUUCAUGCACAUCAAUUUGCUUCACAUAUAUGUUAUAACUUAAAAAUAUAUAUUGCUAGUUAGUGCCUACAUUAGCUAUGUAACUGCAAAUGGAAGUUGUAUAAAUGCACAUCCAUCAUUUUAUAUGCAGAACAGGAACAUGUUUGCUAAUGUUUCUAUAUCCAUCCAGCUUCCAACAAUAAGGCAUUAAAUAUUGCAUUCUCAUUCAGUAUUGGUAUCGGUUUUAUCUCCAGAAUCAGCAGACACUGGAUAACAGCAGUGGGUGCCACACUGAAGUGCAUUCGUGGGCAGAAUGAUCCCUUUGCAUUGCCCUUUCAACAAGAAACUGAAAAGAAUUUUAUUAUUGUGCUUCAGUAAUGGAAAGUAAAUUACUUUGUGCAGUUGAUGAAAGAUAUAUGUUGUUUUGUGAUCUAUGUGUAUAACGAUGCAUUUUUUUGCAUUGCACUGGACAGCGUAUGGAAGAUUUAUUUUUGAAAGCUUUAAUACAGAAUACCUUUUCCUCUAUUCAGUGUUGGUUUGUAUGAUGUUUUCUUACCUCUGCAUCACUGUAUUAAAUCUUCUUCAGAAAUGGCACUUUUAAUUAAAGUUAUUAAAGUAUUUGCUGGUGAAAAAUA